GAGGAGUGAGCGUGGAACACCCUGAACGCUCCAAAGCACGAACCAGUUUCCAUUCCCCUGGGGUGACAAACAGGUGAGGAUGGUUGGACUGAAGCCCACCGAGGUACCUCCACCUUUAGGGGUUAAGAUCCUGAGUGCCGGCAUGGCUGGCUGCAUAGCCGACCUGGUCACCUUUCCCCUGGAUACCGCCAAAGUUCGGCUACAGAUCCAGGGAGAGAAGGCAGCAGCGGGGGUGGCCAAGGAUAUCCGCUACAGGGGCGUGUUCGGGACUAUCGGCACCAUGGUGCGGACAGAGGGGCCGCGCUCGCUCUACAACGGCCUGGUCGCCGGGCUGCACCGGCAGAUGGCCUUCGCUUCCAUCCGCAUCGGCUUCUAUGACAGCGUCAAGCUCUUGUAUACCGGCGGGAGAGACAAUCCAGGGGUCGGAAUCCGGAUCCUGGCUGGCUGUACCACUGGAGCCAUGGCAGUGUCCAUCGCGCAGCCAACAGACGUAGUCAAGGUUCGGUUCCAGGCCCAGUUAAACCUCCAGGGGGUGGAUCGCAGAUACAGUGGCGCCCUCAAGGCCUAUGGCAAGAUCUUCCGGGAAGAGGGUCUGCGAGGCUUGUGGAAAGGGACUCUGCCCAACAUAACCAGAAAUGCCCUGGUUAACUGCACAGAGCUGGUCACCUAUGACAUAAUCAAGGAGGCAAUUCUCAACCACAAGCUGCUGUCUGAUAACCUCCCCUGUCACUUUGUGUCGGCAUUUGGGGCUGGGUUUUGUACGACGGUCAUCGCCUCCCCCGUGGAUGUGGUAAAGACACGGUACAUGAAUUCCCCGCCUGGCCAGUACACGAGCGCCAUCAACUGUGCCUGGACCAUGCUGACCAAGGAGGGGCCCACGGCCUUCUACAAAGGGUUUGUUCCCUCUUUCCUAAGACUGGGCUCCUGGAACAUAGUGAUGUUUGUGUCCUUCGAGCAGCUGAAGAGGGCCAUGAUGGUCUCCAGAAAUAAGGCAGAGACAAGUGAUGGUACACCAAAGAGGAAGGAGCCUGUAUGAAUCGCUCCACCAAUCAUCUGGUCAACCCACGCAGAACACAUACAAAUCAUCUCCUCUCUAUCUUCUGGAGAGCAACUAGCAGAGGUGGAUGCUUCCGAAAAGAUUGUGUUUCAACCCACCAGCUGUGUAUUUCGUGACUGAGCCUCUUCAUACUCAACUGGUUGGUUGAAACAAAAUCUUCUCUCGAUUUUUUACUUUUUGGACGUGAGCUACUUACCUCUGACAACUACCUUUAGAUAAUAUAAUUACACAAAAAAAUUAUUUGUCAAUACAAGGGGACCGGAUAAGUGCAUAUCUUGAAAUCCCAAAGUAAUUAGUCACCAGCUAUAAUUAGCCAUGUGUGGCUAAGAUGUUUGAGUUUGAUCCAUUGCUUAAACACAUAGUUGCAUUGUGGAGAAUGUCUGAAUGAAGGGAGCACUUUAAGAAAAGAGGUCUGUUCUCCCAGAUAACAGUAACUUUAGAUACACGAUGAUGGACUUGGACCUCAGCUGAUACAAGGGCUUCUCUUCUCCUAUAAACAAGCUUCUGUGUGCUAAACGUACGCACUUUGUACUGUGGGGCAGGACAAUAUUUUUGACCUUCCCUGGCCACCGAGUAUCGACAAUGACCUGGAUUCUAUUUUUUCGUAAACUCUAUGCUUCUCCGGCUGCGGGUUAAUUGCGGUGGAGAACCUGGAGUAAAUGAGAUACGCACAGCAGACUUUUUAAAAAGGUUUUUCCACCUGCACCAAUGGAUAGAAGGAAUGUUUAUAUUUAUUGAAACAAAAUGCACUUAAUUUUCUUUAAAAAAAAAAAAAAAAAAGCUUAAAUACAAAUCGGUGUUUUCUGUUUUUUUAAGCUAAAGCAUGCCGAGCCAGACAGACAUACGUUUAGUCUGUUGACAUGCAAAUGAAACAAUCUGAAACAACAGCCUGUACAUAUGGGCUGUAUAGCGUUAAUCCAUCAUCCGCUCAUAUUUAAGGGACUAGGCGGAGCUUUUGGGAAGCUGGAAUUUAAGAAGUGGAAGCUGGUGUGCUGUAUAAUCACAGCUAAGGGAAGAGAGCUACAGACGACUUACACAGCUAAGUUCGAAACGCUCCUGGCGUAAGACGCGCAACAGAAGCAACAAAACAGACUCGUGAAAAGUCAGUUUAUUCUCGUGUGAGGUGCUCUGCCAGGAUGUACAAAGGGACAGACCUUCAAAUUCCUCCGAAAUUACAGUCUUCAGAAGCAGAGCACUGCAUAUAAAUAACACACUAAGAAGUAACUAUAGUGCACAUGCUGUGCGUGACUGCCCAGAGCGGGCUGUAGGGGGCAGAAUGGAGCUUCCACUGCUGGCACGCAGGGGGUCAACCAAGAACGUAUUAUCCAAACGCGUUGUCUUUUUAAAGCACCUUUACGGUCAGACCGGAGAAGGUAAACAACCUCCAGAAUAAGAACGUAAAAAUGCUGUAUAGCAAGUAACCACAUCGCCAUGUGACAAGUACUGCUUGCUUAACCAGUAACAUAAUGGGAGAUGCUGACCCUUAAAUUCCUGAGAUUCAGUCACAAAAGCCAAAGAGGCAGGAAGUAUCUUUCUAAAAAAAACAAAAGCAGCUAUCAGUCUUAUGCGCUAAGCUAAAUUUCAUUGGUUAGCAUCCUGCUAAGAAAAUCAGCUUCAGUAUCCCCUGUGUGCAAUUGAUGCCCAUUACUUAAAUACACCCAUUCCAUCCAUAGUCAAUGUGAGUAUUAGGUGGGCUCUUCAGGCAAAUUACAGCUUUCCUUAACUUAUUACAUUUGAAUUCAGUAAAAAUGUAAUGGUUAAAAAAAUUAAAGGGGAUGGGUACUGUAUUGCUAACACUUAUUCAGACCACUAAUGAGACGCACAGGUCCCUUUAAGAAAUUCAGGGUAACUGUUAUGACAUCAGUUUCAGCGAGAGGGACACGUCGGGCUCCCCCAGGAGCAUCUUCACCUUCUCGUGAAACCUCUCCCUGUACAGAUUGAACUCCAUGAUGCUGGCCGGCUCUUCUUCGAUCCAAAACUUAUCGAACUCGUAGGCAAGGUAACCUGUCGAAAAUGAAAACAGUGACGCUAUCGCCUUCUGGAUCUGGCUAACCGGUCCACAACUAGACGCCGAUCAUUUUCUUGGACAGGGAAACAAACUGGUCUAUGUCUCCCAAAAGGUUCCGUUAACAACCUACAUAGUUGGAAUCAUAGUUAGAAACUAUACUUCUGGGAAAUAUACCCCUGGACAAAUGACCAUACGUGGUUCAUUUUGAAUGUUCCAAGGGCAGGAAUAUUCACCCUUCUCCCCUUAGACUUCUCACCCCAACCCCCUUCCCACUCACAGUACAGCUGAUGGAAGUGCUCCAGGGAUGGGCUCCCGGCCACAGUGUUAUAGAAGUGAGGCUUGAGGGCGCCGCUCUUCAGGAGACUGUAGGCCAUCUCCGUCAGGUUGAUACCCACUAUGGCAUAGGAGUAACUGCCAACGCAGACACACAAACUCCGGAGGCUAGCGGGAGGCCCGUCAUGGACAGACAGAGCCACAACAGCAAUACCACGCACACGCAUCGGCCGCACUGCUCACAUGUGUGGGACGGGGCGGCCAUCUUACCCUAACUUGGGGUGAUUCGCGUGUGACAGGACCUGCCGCGAUAAUUCUGUGUAUCGCUCGCUAAAGAAACUGUAAAAAAAAAAUUCAGAAAAUUAGAAACUAAUCUAAAACAUACACCAAGCACCAAUUUUAUCAUUAUUAUUUAUCAUCAUCCUCACUUUAUUGAUCCCAAGGGGAAAUUCUCUAUUUGCCUACCGAGUAUUAUUCUCCAUGAGCCACAAAAACACAUGAGAGCAAGCUUGGCUGUGAAGGGCGGCCACCUGCAGGGGCACCCAUGGAGCUGGGGGUUAAGGGCCCUGCUCAAGGGCCCACGGACAUGUGGCUAUUCCGCUGAGACCGUGCUCGAACCGGCGACCGUCUGAUUACACGCACCGAGGCUUGGCUCACUGAGCCACAAGCUGGCCCCUAGCAAUUUUAAUUUUCUUAAUUUAUUAAACAUCAGAAGUCAGAA